AUGGGAAACAACGCCUCUCUUUGCAAGCCGUGCGACGAAGUGGAAGUCACCGAUAUCAACCUUCACAACAUGCGAACUGAAGCUGAUCUACAAAAUGUGAUCAUGGACCUUCCUGACAAACUUGCAUUAUUCCACGGUGAAGAGAGUUCAAAGGCUUGCGACUUCUGCGGAUUCUUCGUUUCUUGUGUCCCGGAACCGCUCCAAUGGUUCGAAGGAAAAUCUGGUCGAUUUCUGCAGGGCGUCUUAAAAUUCGGUGGUGUUGGUGAGCAUUCGAGCCCUUACACGUUCAAAAUCAUCGACCAUGCCCAUCACAUGCCAUGGACGACAAUUCAUGCUGGUCUCCUUGAGCAAAGCAGUCUGGCUGAGGAGGCUGGCCAAAUUCGACUACGUAUUCAGCCACACUUAGAUUGGUAUUGGCUACAACCCUGGCUCAAAGUCUGUCUGGCUAAGGCAAAUUCGGGAGAUAUCGAGGACUCGCCGCGAAAUGAUCCACAGGACGUACGCGUUGUUGAUGUUGUCCAAGAUUGCAUUGUCUGCCUUCCGAGGGGUGCCGAAUACCUGGCCCUUUCUUACGCUUGGGGAGAUGCCGAUGACUGUAAAGACGACUUCCAAUUGCUGCAUCGUAACGUCAAAAGUCUGGAGAGCCCCGGAAGUCUGAAGCACAAAAAGCUUCCCCUGACAAUCUCAGAUGCCUACGAGGUCUGCAGACAGCUAAACUACCAGUACAUUUGGAUCGAUCGGCUAUGUAUUAUUCAGGACGAAGAAAUGGAGCAGAAAUCAAUACAGCUAGAUCAAAUGGCUAGCAUAUACAGUCACGCAACUUUGACUAUUGUCGCAGCAUCAGGCGGAGAUACGACACACGGUCUGCCUGGCGUAACUCGUCCGAGACAAUUCGAUAUAGAUCUCUGCCAAGUAGGCCAAUCCGUUGAGCUGUGCCGGGAACUACCAGACCUGGAGACCUGUCUGGAAGACAGCACAUGGCAAACACGGGGUUGGACGUAUCAAGAGCGUAUUGCUUCCACAGCUCUUUUAUACUUCACUGAAUGUGGACUAUAUUUCGAGGUCGGGACAAUUGGAACCAAAGUGCAGUUCGCCGAAGGUCCUGUAUCUACUAAACGUGAUAGCUUUGAACGAAGACCGGACUUUCCUAAGUUGGUCUCGUUGUACUUGACAAGAGCUCAGAAGAACCCAGGGGACAUUAUACGGGCUGUCGGUGGGGAACCUGUACCUGGAGCUCAAAGUGGUCUGGGCUCCAAGACGGACUUUGAUAAGAUGGUUUCUGUAUAUUCAGAAAGGACCCUGACGUAUCCGCACGACAUUCUACGGGCUCUAAGCGGCAUGCUUAAUGCGUUCUAUGGGAAAGAGACGUCCUUCGGUAUGCCCUGGAGCGCAUUCAGCAGACUACUUCUAUGGACAACCAAGUUUAAUCGUGAACCUCUCGGCGCUAGAGAGACCGAAGUCUUCCCGACAUGGUCCUGGAUAUCUGCAAAUUCGGCCAUCGAGUAUCGCUCUACCUGGUGGCCUCACGAUCCGGAGGUUCACACUCUGGCAUAUUGGUGUAGACCCACGAAGGAUUUCGAGGACGGAAAUGAAAUCAUAGCAUGGAGACACAUCAGCGAAAAUACAGCGUGGCCCGGGUCGGAAAAUGCACACUCAGCAAAGUACAUUACUGUCGUCAUUGCGUUGUUGGAAGGCUGCAUUCGAAUCAAACCACCAGGGGGUGACCGCCAGAUAGAGCGCAACUGGAGCGACUUGAGCUCGCAUCGCUGGGCGGACGUCUUUCGUGGCUAUGAAGACAUGGGAUUGUUUGAGCGUAUCGAGACCGGAUCUUUCGACGUCAUGAGAUGCCUUGCAGUCCAUACUCAAAAAGCAGCAUUCAGCCUCGACAUGGUGAAGGAAUGGUCUCUAAAAGUUUCUUUAGAUCUGACAGAUCACGGGACGUGCGUCAUAAGAGGCGACAACAACAGACUCGCUGGGUUCAUCAGACUGGACGCAUAUGCUACGAAGAGACUGGGAGACGUUCCAGCAACUGGAGUGUAUUUCAUUGCGCUCUCGACAGUCUCUUUAAACGAUGAACACCGUUCUCUAUACUUUAGGACAUUGUUGGAAUAUCUCAUCUAUUCGACCUCGCCCGAAAUCUUCGGCUGUCCUUGUCUCAACUCAGACCGCGCCAACACACCGAUCGUCCACAACGAAGAAUGUCCCAGCCAUGCAGACUUUUCGUCGCCCACUGAGUUCCUGUAUCUUGAUGCUCUUUUCGACUGGGCGGAAACCCUGCCUGAUCACGACUCAAGGCAAGCUGUUAUGAAACACAUGCAGCACCUUAACUAUCAUGAGAUUGAUGGGUCUUUGGCAUACCCGCUUGAGGGCCCACCUUCGAUCAAUGUAAUGCUGAUCGCACCAAGCGCGCAUGUUGGUGGGAAAAGUACGAUAUACGAGAGACUGGGCGUUGGGCAGAUAGCUCUGAAGAGAUGGGCAGAGGCUUCACCCGUGUUUGAAACGAUUGUUCUAGCAUGA